AUGAAUCAAGCAGUGAGAAUAGCAUCUCGUACAAAACCUCAUACCCAUGUUUUAAUUGUGUUGCAUGGUCUAGGUGAUACGGGUCAAGGAUGGACUUUCUUAGCAUCUGAAUUACAACAGGAAAAAUGUUUUGAUUCCACAAGUUUUAUAUUUCCAAAUGCACCACACAUUCCAAUUACUGCUAAUAGUGGGAUGCAUAUGCCUGGUUGGUUCGAUAUCAAAGAGUGGGACCCACACAUGAAGCAAUUCGAUACAGAGGGGUACCUCAAGUCAUUACAAUGUGUCGAGGACUACGUUGAGGAGCAAAUGAAGAAUGGAAUUCCCGCUAAAAAUAUCAUUAUAGGUGGGUUCUCGCAAGGUGCAGCUUUAACAUUAGGUAGUACAUUAAAUCUUAAGGAGAAAAUUGGAGGGUUUUUUGCUUUAUCUGGGUUCAUUAACUCUGGUAUCAAGGAUGUCAUAUGGGAUAAUGAGGUCAAUAAAAGCGCCAAAAGUUGUAAUUUAGAUACACCAAUCUUCCAUGGCCAUGGUGACUGGGAUCCAAUUGUUGCAAUAGAAAAGGGUAAACAGGCUGAGAGAUAUCUUACAGAGGAGUGCCAUUUCAAGGAUUAUAACUUCCACGAGUAUGCACAUCUCGAACAUUCAGUCGCACCACAAGAAUUAAGGGAUUUGACCAAUUUUAUCAAGAAAUGUUGGCAAAUGUAG